CCACACAGGUAACUCAGGGGGAAAAAAAUAGAAAGGAGAGGAGGAAAAAAAACUCCAGGGCUUGUUAUGGAGUUCGUGUGAAAGAAACACGGAUUUCCACCCUUCUUUACCAGUUAAACCAGUAUCUCUGGAUAGAGCACACUCAAGUACUUCAACAGGUAGAGUCUCUGACCGCAAACUCUUUCGUGGCUCCUCUGAAAAUAAUCUCUCCCCCCUUUUCUCUCUCCGUUUACCUCAAUUGAGCCCUUUUGUUCGCUCUUCUUAUCACUUGGAAAAAGGUGGAACCCUUGUGUUAUUUUUAUUUUAAUCUUUGCUUUAAUUGUAGUUUUUACCCUUGUGGUCCCUGAUGGCUUCGCACAGUGAUACUCUGGUGGUGUUCUUUGGGGCAACAGCUGGUGCAAAUGGGGGUAAACUGGGUUCGGAUGAGAGGGAAAUAAUUCUCUUGGUGUGGCAAAUUGUGGAUCUACAUGAGAAAAAGGUCGGGAAGCUGCAUAGAUAUCUUGUCAAGCCAGACUCUUUGGAGCUGACAGACGUGUGUAAAGAGGAGACUGGGCUGACUGUGGACGACCUCCUCAAAGCUGACCCCCUGGACACAGUUCUGCAACAGUUCCAGCAGUCGGUGUCUUCAGAAGUGAAAAGCCUCGGCAGAAGCUCUUUCACACUUUGUGUCGACAGUGCCCUAGUCAUCAGGCAAGCCCUCCACCCUGAAGCUUCCCAAAAGAAUCUUGUCCUUCCUGAAUGUUUCUUUUCGUUUGUGGACGUGAACAAGGAGUUUCAGGAAUGCUGCCCCAACGCCAGCCCUGCGCAGAAGCUCACACCAGCCUCCAUGCUGGAAUAUGUUGGUCUCCCUGCUGUGUCGGAGCAGUCGAUGGGGGCGAGGGAGGUGUGCAGCAUGGUGCAGCUGACACUCCACAUCCUGGCUGAGCCCUACAACCACAAGUUCUCCCGUGUUGAAACGGUGACGUACAAGUUUGAUUCCGGCACAUGCAGCAAGACGGAGCCGGUGGACAGCGAGACUGUGAUCCGAGCGCGGGGGCUUCCAUGGCAGUCCUCAGACCAAGACAUCGCUCGCUUCUUUAAAGGCCUCAGUAUUGCCAAGGGCGGUGUGGCCCUGUGUCUUAACGCUCAAGGCAGGAGGAACGGCGAGGCCUUAGUUCGUUUUAUCAACUCAGAACACCGGGACUUGGCCCUCGAACGCCACAAGCAUCACAUGGGCAGCCGCUACAUCGAGGUGUACAAGGCCACAGGAGAGGAAUUCCUCAAGAUUGCUGGAGGUACAUCCAACGAGGUGGCACAGUUCCUGUCCAAAGAGAACCAGGUGAUUAUCCGUAUGCGGGGGUUGCCAUUCACCGCCACACCCCAGGAAGUGCUCUCCUUCCUUGGUCCGGAGAGCCCAGUUACAGAUGGUGCCGAGGGUCUGCUCUUUGUCAAGUACCCUGACGGACGGCCCACUGGCGACGCCUUCGUGCUCUUCUCUUGUGAGGAGUACGCCCAGAAUGCCCUGAAGAAGCACAAGCAGAUCCUGGGGAAGCGGUACAUCGAGCUGUUUCGGAGUACGGCGGCCGAAGUGCAACAGGUCCUGAACCGCUAUAUGUCCGCGCCUCUGAUCUCCACACUGCCCCCUUCCCCCAUCGUGCCUGUCCCGGUCCUGGCCCAGCCCUACCUUCCAGCGGCCAGCAGCACUCGCGACUGUGUCCGCCUCCGUGGCCUGCCCUACACUGCGGGCAUUGAAGAUAUCCUGGAGUUCAUGGGAGAGAACACCGUGGACAUCAAACCCCAUGGAGUCCACAUGGUCCUCAACCAACAGGGUCGGCCCUCUGGUGACGCUUUCAUCCAAAUGAAAUCACCCGACAAGUCGUUUAUUGUGGCCCAGAAGUGCCAUAAAAAGACCAUGAAGGACCGUUACGUCGAGGUGUUCCAGUGCUCCACAGAGGAGAUGAGCAUCGUGCUGAUGGGAGGAACCCUGAACCGCAGCGGCCUCUCCCCUCCACCCUGCAAGCUUCCCUGUCUAUCUCCCCCCACAGCCUACGCUGCCUUCCCCACCCCACCUGCCAUGCUCUCUGAGGCUGCCCUCUAUCAGCCCCCCCUGCUGGCUGCACCCAGAGUACCUCAGACCAUCUCACACAGCCCUCACACUCUGGCCUACUACCCCCCUCAUUCACACCUGUACAUGAACAUGAACAUGAACUACACGGCUUACUACCCCAGCCCCCCAGUUUCACCAUCCACAGUUGGCUACUUUGCAGCCCCACCUGGAGCAGUGGCAGCAGCAGUCGCAGCCCAACCCCACCCUGGUGUAGCCGCCGCCUCGUCUGUGCUGUCUCAACCAGGCGCCCUGGUCCGGAUGCAGGGCCUGCCCUACAACACUGGAGUCAAGGACAUUCUCAGCUUCUUCCAGGGAUACCAGCUCCAGCCAGACGCCGUUCUUGUCUUGUACAACUUCAGCGGCCAGUGCAGCGGCGAGGCAUUGAUCACCUUCUACAGUGAGGAGAUCGCCAGGCAGGCCAUAGCUGAGUGCUCCAACCACCCCUUCUAUGGCCAGCAGGUCCACAUGGUCUUAUGCAACUGACCACUACCCCUUCAUCUUUCUCCUCCUCCUCCUCACCGUAAUUUAACCUCCCAUUGAAGAGCACUCGCCUCCAAAAUGCUUUACAUGUAGAAACAGCUUUUCCAGUUGAUCCCAGUGCCACUUAAAACAGUUAGUGAACUUGUCCCUUUCCCUCGAUCUGCCAUUAUUAAUACACACCUGACACUGCUGGCCGUGACACUCCUGAAGCUGCUGUUGGAGUUUGUUGAUCCACUGGUGAAGCAGCUGAAGUCACUAAAGCUUCAUGUUGGGCUAAUGACUUUGUGGAUGUCAAACGCAUGUAUUUGCGCCUACUGUAAUAGCUAGUUGUGGAGACAAGAUGGUAUGGAGCCUGGACAAAUAUGCAUGUAUAUUUAAAUGCUCUUUAUAUGUGUGUGCCCCCCCCCCCCCUCCCCAUAUGACUGUACAGAUAUUCAUCCUGACAUACUUGAGGCUGUACAAACCACUACUGCACACGAUUCUUUCUGUAUAUUUCUAAAUUUUCCCUCUUAACCACUACAAGAGUUUUGACUUUUCAGAGUUUAUGAGUCUCUGUGUUAGCGCUAUGCUAACACAGAUGUGUGUAUGUGCAUGCACAAUGUUUAUUGAGUUGAUGGCCUCCAGCAGUGUAGCGGUGCCAUUUAAAAAGCGAGCGAGAAAGAAGCCAUAAAGACCAGACUACUGAAUCAACAGAGGGAAUAUUAAACUGUACUUAACUGUUAUGGAUUGAUUUGAACUAACCUUGGCUGCAGUGACUAUUGGUUAAAACUACAGCGACGCUAGUGUACCAUCUAAUUUGUAACUUUAUCUUUUUCUGUAAAAAGCGUUUAUGUGACAUGUAUGUCGACCAAUUUAGACUUUUUCUAAGCACUACAGAUGUAUUCAAUGUAAGAGUUAAGUGACAGCGUGUCUUUAACAGUAGAAUGACGAAUUGAUCCCAUUUUUAUUAAUCUCACUUCCUUAAAUUUCUUUGAAAUUUGUGUUAUGAAAUAUAUGGACUAAGGUGUAUCCUGAAGCCUUUUAUAUGAUCGACCUCAGCUACUAGAUCUCUUGGGUUUUGGUUUCCAGACCAUCCGUAAUGAUCGGACCAGAGGACUGUGUAAAAGCUGCAUGAGUUUGCAUGAGUACACACUUUUUACCAUGCCUACAUUACCCAGAGUGCAAUACUGGCCCAAACAAGGCUAGGUCAACCUCUGGUGGCAGAGGAGAAAUGUGUUUCUUUUGUUGCAAGUUUGACACUUGUAUGACUUUAGAUCUGUUUAUAAGACAAAAACAAUAAAUGUUGACAAUAA